AUGAAACGAAGGCCGGAUGCUGGAGUCACCACCCCAGGCUCCAAGAGACAGUCUCGACAAGACCCCGUUUCCUGCGAGUCCUGUCGAAAGAAGAAGCUCAAGUGCAACAGGGAGCUCCCAUGCAGUAGCUGCUCUGCGCGAAAAUUGGAGUGCAGCUAUGGCGGCUACAGCUCGGGGACAACGCCUGUACAACCCAUGAGCCAAACAUAUCGGAGGCCCAUGUUGGACGAUCGCGUGUCUGAGCCACCUCGGACCUUGCAGUUGACUCCACGACAGGACAUGGAGACACAAGGCCGCAAUCGAAAUGAGCCCCUUUUGACGGCCGAUUGGCUUGAGACGAUUGUUAUGGGACACCGCGUCCCGAGUGCAGUCCCUGCCACGCUAAGGGCGGAGCUCUCCCAGCGCCGGGAACCCGAGCGCUCGCCUUCACAGCAAAAUACCACACGCGGUGUUCGAUUUCCUCCAACACGCGAACGGCUCGCCUCCCGCGAGAAUCCGGCGACUAUCCAUCUGCCAUUGUAUCUGCCACCGGUAGCAGAAGCCCUGAGUCUAUUUCAGUAUUAUUGUAAAUACCUUGACUUCCAGUAUCAUCUCAUCAUACCCAGUCGCGUGGAACGACAGAUUGAGACAAUUUACGAGCAUGUUGCACGAAAUCAGUCUAUCAAUCUGGCGCACACUGCGCUGCUAUUUAGUAUCACUGCUGCCGCCCUGUAUUACCAACUCCUAACAGAGUCAUCCGAGCGCGCAGAACCAUUCAGCCAGGAAAGCACAUUUCUGGCAGGGGCAGCAUUGAUCCAGAGCAAUUAUAUCCCCUAUCCGACCCUCGAAGGACUGCAAGCGACUAUGAUCAUUGGCCAUCAUUUGUCCAACAUGAACUUGCCCUCCUCCGUCAACCCGUUAUUUGUGCAUAGAUCAUUUGUGAGUCAAGCCACUAGUAUGGGGCUUCAUAUUGUGGACAGUCCUCGGGCUACGGCCGAACGCUUGGCAAACGGAUUUGAUAAAACCAAUGUUGAACUCAAACGACGGUUGUGGUGGGACCUGGCAGCAUACGACUGGUUAAUAGGCUUCCUGAGCGGACCCCAAGAAUGGACGUACUCGAUCCAACCUCAGCAUAUGGUUGUACGAGAGCCUCUCAAUGUUGAGGAUGAGGAAAUUGACCAUAGUGAGAACGGUGUUCCUCUGUCUACUCCAACUGCAAUGUCAUACAGUCUGUGUCGAUUGAGGUUGGCUGUUGUGUGUCGCCAAAUAGUGGACGAAACGUCAUACUACCAUUUCCAUGGACAAGAGGUACCCUAUGAGAAGAUACUCGAGCUCGAUCAAAAGCUCCAGAAGGCAGGCGCUGAGAUUCCCUGUUUCUUUCGCUUUGAUCAAGCCUCCCAGCGCGAAUACUCAGUGGUCUAUCGUGAGCGACCGACUCUUGCAUGGCAGCGAGCUCUGAUACAACAGGGUUACCAUUCACGAUUCUGUCGCUUGCACCGCCACUACUUUGUGCGUGGAGCAAAGGAUCCCAAAUAUUCCUAUUCGCAUGUCAUAUCUCUUCAAUCUGCGCGCAAGGUGCUCGAAGUGAAACGCAUUAUGGAUGAGGAAGAGCCUGUGUUCGCACCGCACAGCUCGGUUGUAUGGGCGGUCAUGCACCAUGUGUUUAUGGCAGCUGCCAUUCUUCUGAUAGAUGUGUGUUUCAACUGGGAUGACAUUCUGGCCGAGAAGCGAAAGGAGGAAGUACUUGACGCUUGUCGAAUGCUCAGCCGGGCACAAAAAUCCUCGCCCAUCGCAUGUGAAGGAAUCAAGGCCAUGAUGGAGAUCUUACGAAGGCAUUGGAAGCACGAAAAAAGAGUAAGCUCUCGCGACUUACAGGAGCUCUCUACAUCUUCGAAUUCAAAUGCCACAACAGUCAACCCGCCACAGCCGGAUAUCCACACUCCUAUUUCGUUGGGUUCCAAGAGCAUCACAUCCGAAAUUCCUCAUGAUACAUCGACGGUUAAUUCUUCAGCAGAUGCAUUGCUUAAUCCAUUACCUCUUGAAGACAUCUGGGUGGAGAUGUUAGAGAGCAGCGCUAAUGUUGAGCUGAAUACGCCAGACUGGACAGACUUGCUCACAGAGUUGACAAAUGUUGCUUUUCCAAGCGAAUCAAACAAUACCCAAACUCGAAGAACUCAAGUUAUGUCCGACAAGACCUCGCGUCAUAUAAAUGCUGGUUUGAAACCCGACAUCAAAUCAAUCGUCGACCGUAUCAAGACUGGGAAAGCCAACCGUAUUGUCGUCUUGACUGGCGCUGGUAUCAGUACUGGCGCCGGGAUCCCAGAUUUCAGAUCUCCGAACACAGGCCUUUAUGAUAAGCUCGCUCCACUGCGGCUCCCAUACCCAGAGGCGGUCUUUCACAUCAAUUAUUUCUCUCACACGCCUGAGCCAUUUUACGCAAUCGCCCGGGCACGUCACCCGGGAAAUCUCAAACCGACUGUCACCCAUGCGUUCCUGGCACUGCUAGCGAAGAAGAAUUUGCUCCAUUUCCUUUUCACUCAAAAUAUCGAUGGGCUUGAGCAAGAUGCUGGGGUUCCUCCAGAUAAGGUUCUCUGGGCUCAUGGAAAUUGGAAGAGUCAACAUUGCUAUAAGUGCAAGUCGCCAUAUCCCGACGAUCUCAUGAACAAAGCCAUUCGAGCUGGUGAAGUGCCCUAUUGUCUUGAGACCUUGUGCGGGGGUGCGGUCAAGCCAAACGUUGUAUUCUUUGGGCAGUCUCUGCCGGCUGAGUUUGACGAAAAGGAGAAAGAAGUCCUCGAGGCGGACUUGAUGUUUGUCAUGGGAACUAGUUUGCGUGUGGCACCUUGCUCUAGGCUGCCAAGGCUAGUGAAAGAGGGGAUUCCUCGGGUUUUGAUCAACAAUGAAAAAGCAGGAGAUCUGGGUAAUCGAGACGAGGAUGUGUGCAUCCUCGGAAGUUGCGACGACGGUGUUCGUCAAUUAGCUGAUGCACUUGGGUGGGGAGAGGACUUGGAUAAUGUCUGGAAGGAAGCAGUUGCUGCUAAAAAGCACGAUGAGACAUUUGAGGGAGGCCCUAGCCUGGAUGAGUGCAUUGAGAACUUGGCUAGUAGCAUGAAGGACAAGAUGAAGGUAUCGGAUGGGCAUAAACGCAUGUUAGAGAAUCAUUUGAACACCAAAUUUGGGCAGAUGAUAACGAAGGGCCAUGCAUUCUAA